CAUCUCCUCGGCUUCCUCCGUCCCUCCCGGAAGCGCCCUGCCGCCGCCGCCGCCGCCGCCUCCUCGUCUCUUGCCGCGGACCAGCUGUCUUCGGCCGGGCUGCUUUUCUCGCUCUCGACGUCGGCGCCGCGGCCGCCGCUGCCAUGGGAGGCAAGAAUAAGCAGCGAACCAAGGGCAACGUGCGGCCUUCUAGCAGUGGUAGAGCAGCAGAACUUCUUGCCAAAGAGCGAGGAACUGUUCCUGGGUUUGUUGGCUUUGGGACAUCUUCAAGUGACCUAGGAUAUGUUCCUGCAGUUCAAGGAGCUGAAGAAAUAGAUAGCCUUGUAGAUGCCGACUUCCGAAUGGUGCUGAGAAAACUUUCCAAAAGAGAUGUGAUAACUAAAUUAAAAGCUAUGCAAGAAUUUGGGACAAUGUGCAAGGAGAGAGAAACAGAGAUCGUUAAAGGUGUUCUACCUUAUUGGCCCAGAAUUUAUUGUAAAAUUUCUGUUGAUCAUGAUCGCAGAGUCCGAGAAGCAACACAGCAAGCUUUUGAGCAGCUUAUUUUGAAAGUGAAGAAACAUUUGGCUCCUCAUUUAAGAAGUCUUAUGGGAUACUGGCUGAUAGCUCAGUGUGACAUUUACUCUCCAGCAGCAUCAGCAGCAAAAGUGGCAUUUGAAAAAGCAUUUCCACCAAGUAAACAACCUGAAGCCUUAGUGUUUUGUAAAGAUGAAAUUCUGAACGUGCUACAAGACAAUCUUUUGAAAGAAACGCCUGAUACACUAAGUGACCCACAAACUGUGCCAGAGGAAGAAAGGGAAGCCAAAUUCUUUCGAAUUCUGACCUGUUCUUUGCUAGCUUUAAAGAAAUUACUUUGUAUGUUGCCAAGUAGUGAGAAUAGUUCGUUGGAAGAGAAGCUUAACCCUCUCCUGUCUCAAAACAAAUUUUGGAAAUAUGGGAAGCAUAACACACCACAGGUUCGUUCAGCUUUUUUUGAGCUGAUUUCUGCUUUUUGUCAGCACGUUCCUGAGUCCAUGAAUGCUGAAGCGUCAAGGGUUUGCCCAGCAGUUCUUCUUAGCAUUGAUGACAGUGAUGCCAUUGUAUGCCCUGCUCUUUGGGAAGCUGUACUUCAUGUCCUUACUACCAUUGAGGAUUGUUGGAGUCAUGUGAAUGCAAAAAAGGGAGUCCUGCCAAAAUUGUGGACCGUGCUUCGAGAAGGAGGACGAGGUCUUGCUACUAUUAUAUAUCCUAAUCUCUUGCCAUUUAUGAGCAAGAUACCAUAUGGCAUGACAGAACCAAAGUUGGACUAUUCCAUUACAUUUUUCACUUCCAUCAUUCAAGGGUUGUUGACUGAAAGAGCUAUGGUUUGCCGUUCCGAAUGUUCAGCAAUCAUAACAGCAUUUAUGGAAUGUUUACGAUUCACAGUACUACAGAAUAUAGGUGAAGAAGAAGAAGAAAUUAAAAUACAAGAAAUGCUUAUAAAUGACCAGUUAAUUCCCCUCAUCGACACAGUGAUUAAAGAGCCCAGGUUACAAAAUGGACCUUUGUUUUAUGAGGUAGCUGACAUUUUAAUUUUUUGGAAAACAAGAGCAGAAUUGUCAGGUGCUGAUGGAACAGCUCUCACUUUCAAGAGAAUGUUGUUGAACUUUUGGGAGGGCCUUUCAAAUAUAUGUGUGGGACAUGUUGAUGUAAUAGACGCAGAUGAGAAAUCUUUGGCUGCUGUGUCCUAUUUGCUACAAAUCCUUCAGAACCCAGAAAACAAAAUGAAGCCAAACAAAAGAAAAGCUGUAAAAAUCAGAUUUCCAGAAGACAGUGAAGUUGAAAGCAACACUGCAUAUGAGAAUUGUGUAGAUAUGAGAAGUAACAAUGAACCUGGCACUCUUAUUCAUGGGAUUAAUGGACAACAUCUUUCAUCUCUACAGAAUGAAUCUUUAGAAGAUUUAGUUUGUAAACUUGCAGAACUGAGUAUUGUGUAUACCAAUGAACAAAGGUCUGACCAGCACUUAAAGUUUCUCUCUGCUCUGCUCAGCAACUUUGCUUCUAGUAGAGUUUUCAAGGUGUUGCUGGAAGAUAGGAACAAUAUUCAGGAAGCUGAAAAGCUCCAGUAUGAAAAUCCAUCUAUCCAGUUUCUGUAUGAAAACCUAAUAGGUUGGCUAAAAGAAGACUGGAGAAAAGAGACCGACUUCUUGGUUGAUAUUUUGUAUAGCAUUCUCCAUUGCUGCAACAGUGCCACUGAGAGAGAGAAUAUUCUCAACGACUUAACAAAGAUGGGGUUGAAGUGGAAUAUCCUCCUUCAGAUAAUUCAAAAGGCAUGUUCAGGCUCAGAGAAACAUUCCUUAAGUUCUACUUGGCUAAAAGGAGAUGUGUUAGGUGACAAGCUUGUAACUCUGGCUGAUGAUCUAUGUAACACAAGCUUGAAAACUACAGUAGCGUCAGAAGAAUCCUUUCAUUCGGAGAGAUGGACCCUACUAAGCUUGGUAUUAUCUCAGCUGAUUAAAAAUGAGUCCUUGAUUGGUGAAGUUUACGUUAAAAGGAUUAUUGAUAAACUUCAAGCAGCGCUGUCUAAAGCUAAGGAUCUUUCAGAAGCUGGAAAUACAGAACCAUCAGUGUCUUUCAUCUGUGACAUCGCCUCUAACUUUUUCAGCUCGGUGAAAGGAUGCUUGUUGAUGCCGUCCUCAGAAGAUUUGUUAUUCACCAUUUUCCAGUUGUGUGCACAGAGCCAGGAUGCAACACGUUUGUCAGAUUUCCUUGUAAAUAAGCUGAAGCACACUUGGUUGUGUGGCUUAACUACGCUUGUGCAUCAGCUUAGUGAUAUGCACAAAGAGAGCACCUUCCUGCAGAGAUCUGCGUUUUGGGUCAAGAACCAGCUUCAGUCUUCUUUGUUGGAUGUUAAAAGUUUGCAGGUUUUGGUCUCUACUGUCAGUGACUUAUUGACUAAGCUGCUGGAAGCUAAUGAAGUUUCUCCUUAUAUUAUGAAUGAUUAUAUUGAAUGGCUUACUCCAAGCAAGUUGGAAUGGGAAAAGAUGCGGGAAUCUCUGUCCAGUGAGUGGCUAAGAAAACCACUUUUGGAAGGAAGAUUGAGUAUGAACUGUGAGAUACCUGGAACAGAUUGGAAGCUUUGUGUUAUGACUAAACUUCCAAGCCACCUGUGUGUUGCAGCUCUAUUAAGUAGAAUGGCGCUAUUGAUACUGGAAAAAGGAGUGGUUUUUGAAAACCAUGAAAUGGAAACAAAAUUUGAAAAUAUCAUUGCAGAACAGUUGUAUGCCUUACAAUGGAUUGAAGAACUGGCCAAUCCACCUUGCCUGCUUGUUGAAUUUCUUCAUCUCCCUGAAGUAAUGAAUAUUUCAUGUGAAAAAUUACACAUUCACAGUGAUAUCUCCUGCCUCUUGCAAGCAUUAUUCAACAGAUCAAAAGAGAGUGGACGACUUUGGGCCUUAACCAUGGCUAAAUUUAUAGACACAGAGAAUAUUGCAUCUUGCAAAAUUAAAGCACUUUUCAGUACAACAGAAAGGUUUUUUCCAUUAACAGAAGGCAACUUGCACACACUUCAGAAUCUGUCUCCAUUUUUACUUGAGGAAGAUAAGGAAGAACUUGUCAUUCAGUGUACUGCUAAACUAAUGACGUGCAAUGAAACUGAACUCCUCGGUACUGAUGGAGCUUUUGGAUAUCUCGCUAUUUUAAAUUCCUGCUUGAAUUGUGAAAGCAUUGAUUAUGGAGAACUAAUGCCUGGAAUACUAAAAAUCAUAAUAUCGUGGCGAAAUGACUAUGAGAAGAGCUUUCUUUACAGCUGCAAUCUGCAAGAAGGAAACCCACAGUUGCUUGGUUUUAAUAUAGAGAUGAUCCGUUUUGUUUCUCUGUUACUGAAUAAUCCUUCCUCUUUGCUGGAGAGUGAGUGGGAUUUUGUCAUGUGUUCCAUGCUGGCAUGGUUAGAAACAACAAGUGAAAGCCAGGCAGUCUUUCCAGUUGUGUUGGUGCAAGUGUUUGCCUGUGUCAGCUGUGACUUGAGUGCUGCCUUGAGUUCUUAUUUCCAAGCAGCAACUCCAGAAACCAUUGAAAAACUUCCAGCAAACCUCAUAACUGAAUGGCAGGACUUCUUUUCUGAAGGCAUUCAUAGCUUACUUUUACCUUUGUUGGUAAAAGUCACACGAAAAGAAAAAGAUACACUGGAAACAUCAUUUAAGAACUCCAUGUUGAAAUCUUUGGGUAAAGCUUUAACAUACAUAUCAAAGGAUCAAUUAUUGAACCAUAAACUUUCUGCCAAAUUUGUUGCUGGCCAGAAGACAAACCUCCCUGGUAAACUGCAGACCUUGUUAAAUACAUUUUCUCCACUACUUCUCUUCAGAUCUAGACCUGUUCAAAUCACAGUAUACCACAUGUUAAAUAAGUUAAUGUCUGAUUUGCCUAAAUUUGACAAUGAGGAUCUCAAAUCUUAUGGUGAUGAAGAAGAGGAACUAUUAUUGUCUCCACCAGCAGCUCUUAUGACUGUUCUUGCCACUCAAGAAGACUUACUAGAAAACAUCCUAGAGUGCAUCCCUGUUGGAGAGUUUGCAAUGGUUCAGCCGCUGAGUGAGGAGUUUUGUCUUGUUUUAGGGUACCUUCUCACCUGGAAGUUAAUCCUAACUUUCUUCAAGGCAGCAACUUCUCAGCUGCGGGCUCUUUAUUCACAAUACCUUCGAAGAACUAAGAGUUUGAAUAAACUAUUGUAUCACCUGUUUAGGCUCAUGCCUGAAAACCCUGUCUUUCCAGGAUCAACAACUGAACUUCCAAAUAAGGAUAUAACAACGUACUUUACUGAAGAGCUUGAAUUAGACAUUAAAGACACAUCAACACUGUCGUCGCACAUCCCACACCUGGCUUGCUCUGUUUACUGCAUGACAUUAAAAGAUCUGCCAGCCAUGGUUCGCCUUUGGUGGAAUAGCUGUGAGAAACGAGUCUUCAACAUCGUAGAUAAAUUUACAAGCAAAUACGUCAGCAGUGUCCUUUCUUCACAAGAAAUUUCUUCUGUGCAGACCAGUACACAGUUGUUUAAUGGGAUGAUGGUUAAAGCUCGAUCCGCUACUCGAGAAGUCAUUGCUACCUACUCAGUUGAUGAUAUAUUCAUUGAAUUGAUAAUACAGCUUCCCCCAAAUUACCCGCUUGGCUCCAUAACUGUUGAGAGUGGAAAGAGAGUUGGAGUAGCAGUCCAGCAAUGGCGCAAUUGGAUGCUGCAGUUGAGCACAUACCUCACUCAUCAAAAUGGAAGCAUUAUGGAAGGCUUAGCACUGUGGAAAAACAAUGUGGAUAAACGUUUUGAGGGUGUUGAAGACUGCAUGAUCUGUUUCUCAGUCAUACAUGGCUCUAACUACUCUCUCCCAAAAAAAGCUUGCAGAACAUGUAAGAAGAAGUUCCAUUCAGCCUGUCUGUACAAAUGGUUUACAUCUAGUAACAAAUCCACCUGUCCACUUUGCCGAGAGACCUUCUUCUGAAAUAUGUCGCCGUCUUUGCUUCAGGGAGCUUCUCAAAUGAAAUCAAUAGACAAUCACAUCUGGAUUUAGCUGUGAAACAAGCUAAUUUGGUUUUAGUUUAUUUACAAAUAAAAAUCUUAAGACGUU